GCUGUGAUAUCAAUACACCUUUUUCUUGCUGUCAAGCCUUUUUGACUUUGUAAUGGUAUCAUUUGCUCACCUGCAGAAUGGUCUUGCACUUGUUCAAUUUUGAUGGAGUUAUUACAUACAGUAUCCAAAACAGGUUUCUAAAAUAUUGAUAAAAACAAUGAAAAUCAUCAUUGACACUGAUCCUGGUAUAGAUGAUGCUGUUGCACUUGGUUUAGUAUUAAAACGCACUGAUUUAGAUAUUGUUGGUAUUACAACAGUUCGUGGAAAUGUAGAUGUAGUUCAGUCAACGAAAAAUGUUCUAAAAAUUUUACAAGAAUUUGAUCGCAAAGAUAUUCCUGUUUUUCAGGGAGCUCAUUCUCCCAUUCUGGACUCUCCGCAUUAUGCCACACACUUCCAUGGAGAUGAUGGUCUUGGAGAUUAUCUUAAUUAUGAACCAGACUGCACUCCGCUGAAAACUGAGCAUGCAGUUGAUGCCAUUAACAGAUUAGCUAAUCUAUAUAAAAACGAGCUUGUGUUAAUAGCAUUAGGACCAUUAACAAAUAUUGCUCUGGCUUAUAGGUUAAACGAUAGUCUUCCAUCACUUCUUAAGGAAUUGGUCAUUAUGGGAGGAAAUUACAAAGGUGUUGGAAAUAUUUCUAUGGCAGCUGAAUUUAAUUUUUAUAUUGAUCCGGUUGCUGCACACAUUGUUAUAAAGGAGUUCUCCUGUACAAAAAUGCUAGUUACAUGGGAGUUUACAAAAACAGUACCGUUAUCAAAGGAAGAAACAAAAACGUUAGUGGGCCAAGACAACAAGGUUUCGCGUUUUUACAAAACCAUUCUUGAGAAACAUUCUAAUGUUGAAGAAAUGGUACUGUGUGAUGCAUUGGCUGUGGCGGUGGCUGUUGAUCCGAAGUUGAUAACAAAAUAUCAUAGUGUUUAUGCGGUAGUUGAGUUGUAUGGAGAAUAUACAAAAGGACAAAUGGUAAUUGACUGGUAUCCUGACAAACGUUCUGACGGAAAAACAAUUAAUAAUCCAAAUGUCAUUAUUGUAGACCAAGUUAAUGUUGAGCUUUACAAAAAAAUGCUUUUAAACUGCUUGCAAUAAUUUUUUUAAAUUGUUUUUUGCACUUCUUUUUUAUCUUUUAUGUUAAAAUUAAUUUUUGAAGAACGAUAUAGUAUAUUUUGGAUUAUAUUUGAAUAAAAAUUACAUAUGUUGUAGUUAGUUAAAAUACAUUAGUAUUUUGAUUUA